CACCAAACAACCCAUAAAAAAUCAAAUCAAACUCCCAAGAAUCAACAAAAAAUCCCAAUCACCGCAGCGAAGAAUCUUCCAUAAAGUCAAACAAAGUCAACGCCUUUUAAAAUGAACAUAUUCCCGGACUUUACUUCGACUACAAUCCAGUAAACACAGAAAUUCGACCUAUACAUACAAUUCCUCAACCUAUACAUACAAAACCUCGAUUCACGUGCUUUAAUGGCGAUGGCGGGUUUGUAUCGGCGCGUGCUCCCGUCUCCUCCUGCGAUUGAUUUUUCAUCCACAGAAGGCAAAAAACUCUUUGUAGAGGCCAUUCAAGGUGGGACGAUGGUAGGCUUUUUCAAGUUGAUCUCAUAUUUUCAGACACAAUCAGAGCCUGCUUAUUGUGGUUUGGCCAGCCUUGCCAUGGUCUUGAAUGCUCUAGCUAUUGAUCCUGGUAGGAAAUGGAAAGGACCGUGGAGAUGGUUUGACGAAUCCAUGUUGGACUGUUGCGAACCACUGGAAAAGGUUAAAAGUACAGGCAUAUCCUUUGGUAAGGUUGUGUGUUUAGCUCACUGUGCUGGUGCAAAAGUUAAAGCCUUUCGCUCCAAUCAUAGUACCAUUGAUGAUUUCCGUAAGUAUGUCAUGGAAUGUUCUGCUUCCGAAGACUGCCAUGUUAUCUCCUCUUAUCAUCGAGGAACAUUUGAACAGACAGGAGAAGGCCACUUUUCACCUAUUGGUGGUUAUCAUGCUGGAAAAGAUAUGGCACUAAUACUAGAUGUUGCACGGUUCAAGUAUCCUCCUCACUGGGUACCACUUACUCUACUGUGGGAGGCCAUGAAUACCUUGGAUAAAUCAAGUGGACAUCAUAGAGGGUUCAUGUUAAUAUCUAGGCUUCACAGAGCCCCAGCACUACUUUAUACACUGAGCUGUAAACAUGAGAGUUGGGCCAGUACAGCAAAGUAUCUUGUGGAAGAUGUUCCUGUACUACUGGGUUUGGGAGAUGUAGCAGAUGUAAAGAAUGUUCUCUCUGUUGUUUUCAAGUCCCUUCCAUCAAAUUUUGCAGAAUUUAUCAAGUGGAUUGCAGAAGUUCGAAGACAAGAGGAUGGUGGUCAAAGCCUAAGCGAAGAAGAGAAAGGAAGGCUUGCUGUGAAGGAAGAGGUUUUGAAGCAAGUACAAGAGCUUGGUCUUUACAAGCACGUGACAGAAUUUCUAAGCUCAAAAAGUUCAUGUUGCCAGGGCAUGAAAUCUUUUAGUAAUGAAGAAAGUUUGCCUUCAAUUGCAGCAAAUAUAUGUUGCCAAGGAGCAGGUCUGAUGGAAGGAAACUGUAGGUCUUCUGUUGCAUAUUCUUGUGCAGAAACAGGUUUAAAAUGCAUAAGAGCCAAUGGGGACAAUUCUGUUACAGUGAUUUCUGGCAAGGUCGUUAAUGGCAAUGAUGAGCAGCAGGUGGAUGUACUUGUUCCUUCUUCUCAAACAGAGGUCAGCUGCUCUGGUUCUUGUCCGAGCAGUUACAAAGUUCUGUACCCAGCAAGCAAUGAUGUUUUGACAGCACUUUUACUGGCUUUGCCUCCAGAGACAUGGUCCGGUAUAAAGAAUGAGAAGCUUCUGCAGGAAAUACGUCGACUUGUUUCAACAGAUAAUCUUCCUACUCUGCUUCAAGAAGAGGUUUUGCACUUGCGUGGGCAGCUGCUUGUUCUCAAGAGAUGCAAAGAUAACAAGGUCAAAUCUCAAGAAAGAGGUGCCACUUGUAGAUUGAAUUAUGCUAGCAAGAAAGCAGUACUUGUCCCUCAAAGAUCAACGUGCAGUUUCAAGUUGGAUAAUGAUGUGCUGAUCAUUCCUGGUAACAUGACCUUACCGACGAUACGACCUUUACACAUUCCUUGGAUUGUUAAAAGAUUUGUAAAGCCUUCUAAAAUUUGUGUUGGCAUUAGACAUUUGAUUGCUCCAGUAUCUCCGCUUAAUCAUCAUAUAAUGUUUAAAAAUAGGUUCAACUAUAUUAGGUAGCAUCGAGAAACACAGAUGUGUAACUAGGGUUAAUCCUUGUUAAUCUACCUAUUGACUCUUUCAUAGUAGAAGUUGUGUUUAUAAAGUCAUCACGCAUUUUGCAUUUUGCUGAAAAUGCAAAAUGUGCUUUUAUUUGUUCA